AUGUCCUCUUACAUCGUCCAGCCCAGCGCCUCGUCUGGCUUCUUCGAUGUCAUGACCCACGCCGGCGCUUUCGUCUCCAGGAUUUCAUCCAACAUCUCCACCUCGAGGUACUCGCCAAGCCGAAUCGUCGCCGAGGCAAGGCAACUUUUGAGGCGCCUUCAAAAUGCGAUACCCCUCCCCUCUCGGAGGAUAAUCCGGUGGCUCGCCAUUGCACUUGCAAUUUUAGCCGCUGGCCUACUCGCCCAGCCUAUCUUGUGGGCUAUAUUGAACGCCAUUGGCUUCCAAGCUGGUGGCGUCGCUGCAGGUUCUGCGGCGGCUGCCUACCAAUCAGCUGUUCUUGGUGCCCACACCACCGGUUUCUUCAGCGUUCUGCAAUCACUCGGAGCAACGAUGGCUGCACCUGCGGUUGGAACCGUCGUUACAGGCUGCGCUGCGGCCGUGGGGAGUGUCGUCGCAUGGUUCCGUCGAUAA